AGAAAAUAGCCAGGCUGUAGCACUACUUUUUUGGAAAGAUAGCAAUCUUAAUACUCACUAUUGUUCAAAUUAAGUCAGAUAAUCAAAUAACCAGCAAGAUGCCACGAAGCAAAGGUGAUAUCUGGAAAUUUUUUAAGGAACAAAAAACAAGUGAGACUCACAAUGAUCAUGUUAUAAGCCAGGCGUGUAGUCAAUGCAAACUUUGUGGCAGUAUUUACAAGGUCAGUGAUGGUAACACAUCUGGCAUGCGUAAGCACCUACUUCGCGCCCAUCCUGCUGAGUUCAAAGCACUGGAGAACUAUAAAGCCAGCUGCAAGACAGACAUGGAUGUAACUUUAGAAAAUUUUGAUAAUGCCAAAAAUGAAGAUGAGGCUAAUGAACAGCAAAGAGGAGAGAUGGAGGAGGCGGUGGUAGUGCCACAGACCUCGCAGGAGUUCUGCCUGCGUUGGAACAAUUACCACUCAAGCCUCAUAUCAACUUUGGAUUCUUUCAAGAAUGAACAGAUGUUUGUUGACGUAACACUUGGCUGUGAGGGCAAGUACCUGGUCGCCCAUAAAAUGCUCCUCUCAGCCUGCUCAGCCUUCUUCAGGGAUCUUAUAAAGCUGUACCCGUGCCCGCACCCGAUCAUCAUCCUGCCCCCCGAGGUGCGGCACUCAGACAUGGAGAAGCUGCUGCACUUCAUCUACCAGGGCGAGGUGAACGUCCUACAGGAGAACCUUGCACGCUUCCUCAAGACCGCCGAGAUGCUCAAGAUCAAGGGCCUCGCCGAUGACAGCGAAAAGCAAAAAGUUCUACGGUCCUGCACGGACGGCCAAGAUUCUCCAUGCGUGGGCAGCGGUAACAUCAACACCGCAUCCGGCAGCAGCAGUUGCGGCGACAAUACCGGCACCAGUCCUAAGAGGCCGCGCUUGAGUCUUGAAGCUUCGUCUUCAAUAGCAACCAACAGUCCCGCAUCUGCACCAGCUGCACCCACAGUCUCGGUUGGCAGCAGCUGUAGUAACAGUAACAACACAUCUACAGCAGCUGCAUCACUCCUCUUAGACACGCCCAACACUCCUAACAACACUGAGGACUCUGCACACUCUGCCAACGAGAGCGACUCUGAGAUGCUACCCGUCAAGCAAGAGAUGGUCGAGCUCAAGAACUGCACGGAGUUCGAGACGGACGGCGAGCCUUUCAACCCUGACAAAUACCUGGCAGCGGCGGCUGAGACGAGCUGCAGCAGUAAACAACCUCCUCCGCCUCCAGGCACUCUCCUGCCAUCUUAUGUUCCACCGCCGCCCAUCAAGGCUCAGGAGGGGCUGAGCCGUGUGAGUGGUCAGCAGCCAGUGGGGGGACUCAUCCGGCGUUUUCUGGAAGAAUGCUUGCAGCUGCCGGCACCGGGGCCGUUGCUUAGCGCGUACACGGGUCUCGAGGGCACACCUCACUUCCAACUGCUGCGCUCCGUAGCCAAAGAGUGGAGUUACUGCCGCAACGCUACGCACAACUACACCACCAUGGGAGGCAAGAGUAAACGACAACGCGCUACUUCACGACUUAUUGAGACAUUUGAGAACAUUGAUUCACUUCGCUCGCAGCUGUCACAACUCCAGCACAGAAUUAUCUUACUCGAGGUUGAUAAUCCAGGAACCUUGAAGAGAAUUUGUAAAGCUGAAGCGGCCAUAGCUCGUAAACAGCGCGAGCAUCAGCAGCAGCAACAGACUUCGGGAGGUGAAGCGAUGGCUGGGACUAGCAGCAGUGGCGCUGAGGCCUUUACACCUGAAGAAAUGGACUGCAAGGACAUCAAAGCCAGCGACAGAGAACUUUUCGAUGCUGCCACGGAAGUGAUGAAGCAAUUACGAAAGCUAUACUUCGACCAGUCCCGGCGUCUGGCCGUACGUAUUAGUCAGCUUAAGAAGGGACGACAAGCCACGCAAGAACGCAUGCAACGCCAGCAAACUCAGAUGCAGCAGAGCUACGUUCAACAGACGCUUCAGCAACAGCAGCAACAACAACAUCACCAUCAGCAGCAGCAACAACAGCAACAUCAUCUCCAGCAGCAACACAAUCUUCAACAACAGCAGAUGCAACAAAUGCAGCAACAGCUACAGCUGGCUCAAGAAGGUGUAAUGUUACCACACCAGCUCUCUCUUCACCACCUGCACCAACCCUGGUCAGACUGAUCAGCUGGCUACUAACUUUGAGGCGCUAGUAUCCAUGAUACGAGAGAAGUGUUGCGACUGUAACAGCUUCUUCUAUGUUGGAAUAACUUGUGUCUUGGUGUAGGGAAUCGCUUCUGACUACGGAUGUUCUAACUUGCAUCUCUGAUUGCACUCUCAUUGAUUGACGGUCGAUGUGACGAAAUUUCAGGAUUCAUGUUUUCAUAAUCUGUGGAUGUAAAUUCAACAAAGGCAUUCACAGUUUGUGAUAUUGAUUUGGGCUGAGAUAUUUGCGAGGUAAAUUUUCGAAGGUAGUUCGAAGUUGCGUGCUGUCGGCAUAAAAUUCUUCGACGAAAUAAUGCCAGAACUUAUGUUGAGCCCAAUAUUGUCGGUGAAGACCUGCUUUGAAGCUUCUAAUCAAACCGUGUCAAGCCACUAGUACAACUGUAAUAUAACGCGCUCUCUUCUGCACCUGUACAAGUUAUGCAGUUUAUUACAUUCGAACUACAUACCUCGAUUUUGUAGUGUACAAACUUUCACUUCCUGGUGCUUAAACGCUCGUGCACGUCAGUCUCUUAUCUGCUACUUGUAAGCGGAUGUUUCAAGACUAUUGGCAUCAACGACUAUGUAUGGGAUGAUCUUAACGGACUAUAUAUGAUGACGAUCUUAUAAACGCUCAUUAUUGUUAUCAACUGAAUGACGCCUAACAGCGUUUCAUCCCAAUAAUGCCAUAGCAUUUUGACGCUAGCAGUCGGGUCUCUUUUGCAGAUUCAACUUAUCAAACACUGCUGGAUGGUAGGAAUAUAGCUAUUAUAUGUUAUUGGGAAGGUAUUAGGCUAUUGUAUGCUGUUGUAAUUACGCAUGUUGUAUCAGUAUACACGUACAGCAAGUACACCCCCCUUGAGUUCAACAUGUAUUCUUUGAGAAUCGCGCAAAUGUACAAGCGCUAAGCACGUACAAUACCAACAGGUACGUUGAAUUGUGUUCGUCAUUCAGUCAAGCGAAGUACCCUUUAGAAGAUUCGUUAUAAUUAACUACUACCUCAGUUUGACCGUGACUUAACAAGACUUGUGUGCAGGUAAAACAAUCUUAUUAAUAAUAACGUAUACGUUCGUAUCUUGUUCUCUGUAUAUGCGAUGCUUUAAUUGUUCUCGCUGACCCCAAAUGGAAGAAGUCAUUCAUGCAGCAGAACCACUGAUCUAUGUGUGAACAGGGUCGUUGUUUUUUGAUGAUGCAACACUAAACACUUUUCUUUUCAUUUGAAAUGUAUUUCUGAAUGCCUUAGCUACUUGGUUUCAUUUGAAGUUUCAAGCAUCACGAACGUCCUUUCUGUAGGAAUUAUUUUCCCCUGUAAUGCUGUAUUGUUAAUUCCGAUAUCAGUGACUCCGCAGGCCGCAUUCAAUAAUGCUUAGCUAAUGAAUUAUUUCAAAUUGUCGAUGUAUUUGUGUGGUAUUGAUGAAUUAUUGUUAUAUUGUGAGGUUAAGAUUGUGUUCUGUUACCUCCACGCCAAUUUGACGUUUGAUGCUCUUCGUUGAAUUGCAACAAGAAAUUCCGAGCAGUUGAAUGUAGUGCACUUCUUGCUUGUGUUAGUUAAUAUGAUACGGGUAAACCAGACUGUUUUUGUGGGAAAAGGAAGGUCUGUCAGCUCCAAGCUUUACGCGUUUUCGGAAAUAUUAAUGCCUUCGAUUAUUAUCAGUUUCGAGCUCGAACUCAGUGCCAUUUUUCUGUUGGAAAUUUUAGUACAAAGUAGGAACUGGCUAAGGCUUGAUAUCCGUCAAUCUUUCAUCACUACGUCUUAAUUUUGUUGGAUAGAUGAAAUUGUUACUCCUAUUUAUAUCAACACUGGAUUUGCAUUUCAAUAGUUAGAUAUUAGAAGCGAUCAAUAUGAAUGUCAUAGAUCUGCUUGCACCUUUUUAUUUCUUUGGUAAAACUCUUCUAAACUCUAUACUUUUGUGAUAGUUUAUUUUUGUGUUGGGAAAAGCGAUUGAUGUUCAGCUUCUAAUUGAUUGAAGUAUAUUUAACAAAGUUAUUCGAAACCUGUUCAAGUUAGGUAUCAUAGAUAUUAAAUUCAGUGUAUGUUAUGUCUGUAUGCGGCGAAUUUAAGCAAUGGUCACUGGAGGUUAACUUAUCUCUUGCACUAGAAAUUUUUUAUUAGGUUGAAUCCCCCUUAAAUUUCUGAAUAUUUUGUACUCCUAUCGAGUAGCAACCAUUAUGGUGGAACCUAAGUGUCGGGUGUAAUUUUUACUGUGCUACGCGCAGACUAAAUACCUCUUACGCCCUUCUCCUACAUAUUUCCACUCAAGAGCUAUAUUUGUCGUGGAGAUAACGUCCUAAAAUUCUUCCUACCUCAAUUGACUAACACGUCAUAUAUGCUUCAACUCUCAUGCUCAGUUGAUUGUCUCUUAGACCUAUAACCACGAUGUGAAGUGGCCUGUCACAUGUUCUCCAUUGUCGCAAUACUGCUUAGCAAAAUGACACACGUUCAGCUUGAUAAAAAUCCAAGUGAUAUUCCUUACAUUUCGGAACUUUUUGUCCUCAUCGGUAUCGUUGGUCUACAUAAAUGCGUUAGAAUUACAAGUUUGUCGUGUAAUACUGCAAAAUAUGUUCGCAUUCUUCCUAUUGAUAGCCUUUAUUGAUUUAUUUUUAGAGGUUAGUUGAAAAACGAGUGUAAGAAAUGCAUGGAAUUUUUGACAAUUAUCAUAUUGACGAUUUGUCUAAGCUUAUAGCAUGAACAAAUUGAAGUUUUCGGCACUCCAUUCAAUGGUGAAGUGGUUUGCCUUCAUAGGGUUGAUUAUUUGCGUAAUAAUAUAUUACGGGAUAAAUAAUGUUGAAGUAUUCUAUUUUAAUUAUCGCUCUGCGACAUAACGGGUCAUAGUGUACGGGUGCAGGUAGGAAUGUCGUCCAUGGCUGUUGUAGUGCAGGGAAAUAGGCGUGCCAGGAGGGACCAGAUGGCAUCGAUGUGAGCUCUUAGUGCCCUGCUAUCGAUGAAAGUAUUGCGCUGCGUUUAAAAUUAAUCUUUACGCCAGAGCAAUGAGGCUAAGUUCAUUCAAAGUUAUAGGCAUUUUGCAAGCCUUACAAUUUCAUAUAACUCUUCUCAGGGUGUUGUAUGAAUUAUAAACCACGAUCCAGAUAACAUUAUGAGCGCCCGCUGCAACGCGACCGACUCUAGCUUACUGAUGUCCAGGUUCUAAAGCGGAAUGAAUGGGAGUCGACAUGGGAAGUUAAGAGGUUCUUCUGCACACCUGGGGAAGAUAAAUCUAUACAUGCCCAUGGGCCAUGUGUUUCGCUCAAGUUCAAUAGCAUUGUAAAGUAGGAAAUACUUGUUGCUUGGUAAUCUGUAAAUCAGGGCAUUGGGAUGCAUUUUGACGAACUUUGCACGGUUGCACCAGUUAGAGCGCUGCGCUGGUAAACAUGUGGUCUGGUGGAGUACAAUCCAUAAAAUGUAAAUCAAUAUAAUGCCGCCCUACGUGGCGCCGCCGGGAACUUGAUGGGGCACACUGACGUCAUAGUCGGAAACUGGAAUGUGGUGCCGACUUUUGAUCAAAAAAUUGCCGUCGAGAGUUGUUUACCAUUUUAUGGCAGAUUAGUCGUGGUUUUGACGUUUCGGUUUUGGGAUUUUGAUCGCAGCGCUUGGUGUGCAGUCUAUUCUACCUCAGAAGAAAUAUGACAUCUCAGGAUCUCUUACCAGGAUUGUUAAUGUUCUCGUCUAGAUUUUUUUUUAUCACGGUUUCUUAUAGUACUCAUUUUACUGCGUACAUCUGACCAAUAGACCAAUAAGUACUACUACGAUAACUUACGGGGCAUUGCAUUCUAAUUUGCCGUUGUUUUUUAAAGGAUAUUAUAAACUGUUAGUUUUGGUACAGAGAGAUUUAGCUUAAUUGCGAAAUAUUGAAUUACAAUGUCGGUGCAUAAUGUUAUUUUCAAUAAUGUGUCAAUUUCUUCAGGGCUUUUCUAUUAAUUGUUUGAAGUCUCAACCAGUUGUUGAUAAGAUGUUGACGCUGUUAAGAUAGUGAAUAACGUGGCAGGUAAUGCGUGCUUCAGGGCGAAUACGUGCAGGUAAUUAGUAAUUAAGGCUAUUAUUGGACGGUAUGUGGCGUUUAACGCCUAUUAUAUCGAUUACGAGUAAACCAGUGCAGGUAAAAUAGGGAUUAAAUGCAACAAUUUGCAGGUAACCUAGUUCUUAAGGACAACCGUCUGAAGGUAAUAGAUGCAAACGACGUGUAAUAGCCAGUAAGUUAAUUAUACAGCUACUGAAUGUUUUGGGAUGUACUAUAAUAGUGUGUUGUGUGCAAUUCUGCGUGUUACCUGAGUAAGUUUCUUUGUAGAUGUAAGUAUCAGUGAGAUUCUUGUGUCUCUCAUACGUGGGUGUGCGCGACCAACGGCUUGUUGCAGCUACUUCAAUGCUCCUAUCAAAUUACUUCUCAGUUGCAAAUUAUUCGCUGGUGCAGCAUGCGCCUAUUCAGCUUAGCCAUGUUACCCGCAAGUCAGACAUCGGGGCAAAAUGCAACAUUUGGGCACGUUUGUGGUGGCCGGUGGAAAACGAUAUCGAUUCGCGCGUCACAUUGAAGUUAAUGCGGGAACUUUGGCUUUCACCAACUGUCGGGCACCUCUUAGCCUACGGACGCAUGGCCAUGAACCUCGGCGCCACACCACGAGAAGCUUUCUUCUCUCUUCGAAGUUAUACGAUUUAUCUUGUAGAGUUAAGAUCUUCGUAUACUGGGAGUUGUGCACAGCGGUAGGCUGGUGUAGUCUGUGUCUCUUCCUCUUGUACAAAUUCAUGUGUUGUUCUGUGUUCGCCUCUCGUGUCUGUAUUUUGCGUCAAAAUUUAUUCAGAAUUUUUGUCGGGAAAGCUCGAUCGUUAGCUGACCAAAACGGGAAGCUAUUUCUUGAGGAUGCUCAUGCUGCGAAGUUUAACAUGCCUGAAUUUGUGCCCAGAAUUUUUACUAGAUCAGAUUAAAUUUUAUCUUAAAAGCCACAAAGCAAAUAAUUAUUUUCAUCUCUCAGAUUGAUAUAUUUGUGUCCGUCUUAAUACUUUGAUACUGUGAAGCUAUGAGCCAAACACCUGCCUCAUAAUCCCGCGGCCGUCUUAGUUUUCUGGUGUAAUUUCAGUCUCAUAUUUGCAAUUUAUUUAAAAGUUUGUCUGUAACAUAUUUGUAUUGAAGAGUUUUUAUCUGGCUAUGUACAACUGACGUUGAAAAAUCCCGUGCUCGGAAAGCGCUAAUUCCGACAGUAGAACCUCUCUUGUUUAUCAGCUCUGGGAAUAUAAUAUACACGAUCAUGAGCUUUUUCAGGCCGUUAUUUGAUCGCUGCUGUGUAAAUACUUACCACUCAGGUAUUAUCAUACAGUUCAAUAUCAAUAAUCUUUUUGUUUCGUUGUUACCGUUUCUAUUAUUUUUACGUUAGUCAAUUAAUUAGUUUUAUUGGUUUAGUGUAAGUCAACCCAUGCAACUUGGGCUUCGAAUCACACUAUCAGAAAGUGUUCGUCAUGCCUUGGUCAUCAUUGUUCACAGCUGACAAGUUUCGUCUGAUGUCUUUAAUGAACUUGAUGUACAGGUGAAGGCACGGGACUUGAUUGUUGUGCUGAGAACAGAGGUUUCCAUGUUGGAGUUAGUAAGGGGUUUGCUUGUUUCCUCCUAUAAACUGGCAUUCGAAAACCAGUAAACAACUGAAGAGGAGGAAAUUACGUAUUCGGAAACCGUAUGAUGAUUGGAAAGAUUCGCGAGCGAGUUUAUUGUGCUGACUUUGAUCUUGUAGUUCUGUUCAAAUUGAUCUACCUCAUGACUUGAUCUCUUGAGAACUUACGAUUUCUUCUCUUGAUUCAAUAUUUAGUGGCUUAAAAUCUUUGUUGCUGAGCUUCCCAACCCUUAUUGUCGCUCCCCCGUUUCCUUAAAGACCGCCCAGCUAAUUUGAACGCAGUUAUUGAACCAUUAGAUAACCAUGUUGUCAUAACAUUCGGUAUGAGAUGUCGUCACGGGCUUGUGUCUUCGACUUCUCAUCAUGACCAAGUAUGAAUUUACGUCAACCACAUUACCGAAUCUGUCUUGGAAUCUAGGGGGCAAACUACCAGUGUCCCAACCUAUUGUGUGCAAUACUAUGGCGUCAAAACUCUAACGCUUAUUUCACAUGCAGGGUUAUUUACGAUAAUAACAUCUUAUUCAAGAUGCUGGAAGUUUUUUUUGUAAUUUUGACCACGUCAAGACUGGCGAUAUAACCAGAUUAAUUAGUAUUUCGCGCGUUUUCAAAACGAUCUCUAACAAAAUUGUCAGGUCCAGAUACUUGUAUGUUAUGUUUUUCUUGUAUCGGAUAUGUUGUUUUGUGUUUCAGUUUACGUACCAAUUACUUGUCCACCUGGUCGACAUGGCGGGUGUAGCACGUCUUGCUUCACUUCCUUGUUCUUUUUAUAGUUUUCGCAUCGUGUCUUCAUUCAAGAGGAUCUUUAUUUGCAGGAUUGCCGCCUUCAAUUUGUUACGAAUGCUUCUACUUACAUAUUGUUCUCUAGAUAUUACGGGUUGAUUUAUGACUUACGAAGGUUUAUCGUAAUCUUGUUAGGUAUGACGUCUUGUAGAAGUAAACUUUAUGGUGGUAGCUUUAGCUUGCCUAAGUAUAUAUUACCUGUAAUUCUUGCAUUCCCUUGCUCUACUCUAUCCUCUCUGUAACUAUUAUCGCUAUUGUAGUUACUGUGCUCAAUAAUAAACCUCGAGGCACUUAUUUUGAACUGUAGAUACAUCAGCUUCCUUUGUGUCACCGCACAAGUCGUUUGAAUCUUCAUCAGGCCGUCUCAGUUUCUUCCGUUCUAAAUAAAUGAACAUUGAAUUAUUUUACACAUUUGGAAAGAUGCUAAGUGUAUUGCUGAGCGAAAAGAUUCACUGCAUGUUGCAGUUGAAAAUCCCUGUGAAGGAUAUAACAUGCGGAAGGAUAUCUCUGUGAAGGAUUCAAGGGGACUAAUUUCUGUGGAGGAUUCAAAGGGACUCUGUGACGGAUUCUUGGUCUGUGCAAGUGUUGCGAUUUAGCUGUGGAAGUUGGACGGAUAAAAUCACCAGAAUUAUUUGCUGUGACUAAAUUUAUAGCCGAAUAAUUUAUUCAUAUCCUCAGGGGUGUCAUUAGCAAUGCUAAUUUGCGGCAUUUCUUUUUGCUGACCAGUUCUUUUUUCAACUCGUUUUUAAAUUGAAAACAGAUUUUCUGAAUGAAAUUGCAAUUCUAUUUCUGCCCAUGGCUAACUUUAUCUGACUUCGAGAAUGUCCCCUUUUCAAUUUAAAUAAGAUGACAUGCUCGUUGACGACUUUCAUAGUUGCGGCGAAGCGUUAGUGUGUCAAGUUCUAUUCAUAGUUCCAUUUGAUGUCUGAAAAAUUUACCAAUAAUUGUUUCUUAAGGUGUAAUAAGUAACUGUUAAUGCUA